GCCUCUUCCAUACGCCGGUCCUUUCUGUCUUUUAAUGGAGCAACGCACUGCUCUUAUCACUCUUAUCAAUAAUGCUCUUGCUGCCAUCGAUUGACAAUAUGUUUCGUUGAUAAGUGCGACAUUGCAUUACAAUCACAUCCAAUAUUUAUAGAUUGAGAUCAUGGAGUGACCCAAAUAAACGAAAUGUUCACAUCUUUAAACAAAUCAUUAAACGAUUUUCCAGUGCUGAGUCAUUUGGUUACCUAUAUAUUACACUAGUGAAAUCUGAGAGAUUCUAUAUACCAUCGAAUGGCACCAAUAAUAGGACGCAAAACAAAUCUCUAUAUUGCAGCAUUCACAGCGAACAUAGCGUUCUCGUCAUGCGGCUGCUGCCUGGCGUGGACAUCGCCGACUCUGCCCCCCCUGAUGGCGCCCGAGUCGUGGCUGUUGGUCAGCGUGGAGCAGUCAUCGUGGGUUGGCUCGCUGAUCGCUGUCGGCGGCUGCGUCGGACCCCUGAUGGCCGGUCGCCUCCUAGACCUCAUCGGUCGCAAGUCCAGCCUGCUCUGCAACAUGCUUCUGCUACUUGUUGCAUGGGCCGUACUCAUGGCGGCGCAGCAUGUCUGGAUGCUCUACCUCGGCCGAUUACUCACCGGCGUCGCUGUCGGCCUCAUAUUUAUGGCUGUGCCCCUCUACAUCGCCGAGAUUACUGAGGACGAAGACCGCGAAGCCUUGUGUGCUUUGAACGAACUAUUCCUUGCCGCCGGCUUCCUAACAGCCUACGCCGCUGGGUCGUACCUCUCCUAUCACAACCUGAUAUUCGUCUGCAUUGUGAUGCCUGUCGUCUUCCUGCUCAUAUUCCUGUGGAUGCCAGAGUCACCCCACUACUUGCUAGCCAAAGGCAAACGACAGGAGACCAUCAGAAUCCUGCAGUGGCUGAGGGGUGGCCUACCAGAGGACUGUAUCGAGAAGGAGCUCAUUGAAAUACAAGCGCUGCUAGACAGCUCAGCCAACCAACUGACGCUGCGCGGCAUUUGCGAGUCGCGCGGCGGACUGCGCGCUCUCUACCUGACAUGCGCACUCAUCUUCAUCCAGCAGUUCUCAGGCAUCAAUGCAGUGCAGUUCUACACGCAGCAGAUAUUCGCGCGCGCCACUGAGGUGUUGUCACCGUCGCUGUCAUGUGUGCUACUAGGCGUAGUCCAGGCUGUGUCGGCCGUCUUCACGCCUCCCAUAGUCAAGUACCUCGGCCUCAAGGUGCCGCUCAUCGUGUCGGGCGCCGGCGUUUCUGUGUCGCAUUUUAUGCUGGGAUUGUACUAUUACUUGGACAAUUGCGGGUACAAUGUUGACAGCAUACAAUGGCUUCCGGUGUUGAGUCUUCUCUCCUUCACAUUCUUCUUCUGUUUCGGAUUUGGUCCACUACCCUGGGCAACAAUGGGCGAAAUGUUUCCUCCCAACAUGAAAGCAAUGUCAUCGGCGUUUGUCACCUCGUUCUGUUUCAUGCUGAUGUUUGUGAUAACGAAAUUCUUCUCCAACUUCUCGUCAAUGUUGGGCAGUCAUUCGUCAUUUUGGCUUUUCUCGUUGCUCUGUGCACUUGGAACGGUUUUCACCUAUUUCUAUCUGCCCAACACCAAGGGAAUGUCGCUGCAAGACAUACAGGAUUUGCUAAAUGACAGGUACAAGACCACUAGUGACCCUGUCGACGAGAAAGGAAAACUCUAUAAUAUUGCUCCUGUAUGCAUUGAGCAGAAUUUGGAGAAUGCGGAUCACUUGCAUAAUACAAUACAUGUUCUGGUUUAAUUGGAAAAAUACUCAUUAUCUAGACUUGGAAUUUCAACGAUGAUACAAAUUACAAUGAUAAUAUACUUUUUCAUUUAAAUUCAAUAUUGAUGAUUAACUGUAUAGACGUUUAGUGAUAUUGUAAAAUUCAAUAUUUGAAUAAAGAUGUGAGUGAUACAUUUCAGGUUUUAAAUUGUUGAUAUUAAACAUUGUUCUAUUGU